CCGGCCCGGCCACGGGACAUGGCGACCGGGGCGCGGGGCGCCUGGAGCGAGUGGCCCGUGGAUCACUUCCUGCGCUCCGGGCUAAUCGGGGCCAGGGACGGGGCCGCCGUGCGCUGGUUCCACGCCGCCAACAGCAGGGCCCGGGCAGCGGAGGCCGCGCGAAGUGAUGUGCACAUGGUGGAGGUGGAUGUUCUCCUUCGUGGAGGGGACAGGGACCCCAUCCUGGCUCACCCCCCAGACACUGACAGCGACAUCACCCUGCAGGAGUGGCUGGCACAGAUGGUCAACACCAAUAAAGGCAUCAAGCUGGAUUUUAAGAGCCUGGCCGCCGUGGGACCCUCGCUGGAGCUGCUGGGGCAGGUGGGGCAGCCCCUGGACAGACCCGUGUGGCUGAACGGGGACAUCCUGCCUGGGCCCCGCGGGAGCCGCACGCCGCUGGACGCCCGCGCCUUCCUGGGCGCUGUCACCUCGUCCUGCCCCGAGGCCACCCUGUCCCUGGGCUGGACCACAGGCUGCCACCGAGGGCAAGGCUACGAGUGGCCCAUGGUGCAGGAGAUGUCCCGGCUGUGCCAGCCCCUGUCCCAGCCCGUGACCUUCGCAGUCAGGGCUGCACUGGUGCCCAGCUCCAUCCCACAGCUCCACUGGCUGCUCCAGCAGUGCCCCAGGUACAGCCUCACUGUUUGGACAGGAAAAGAAGACAUGUAUUCUGUAGAAGACUUGCUUCUCAUCCGAGAAAACUUUGAUAAAAGUAGGGUUUAUUAUGACAUUUUUGAGCCACAAAAUUCUGAAUUCAAGAAAGCCAUUGGAUUAGAGUGGUAAAUGCAAAGCAGGAAAUGCCUGACCUUAUAGUGCUUAAUAUUGUAACCCCCUUUAAAUGUGAGGAUUUUUGGUUCAAAGCAAUGCAUUUUCCUUGCCAGAAGGACUGUGUUGAGCACGCCUGUGGCUGCUGGAGGAGUUUUUGCUCAGCUCUAUAGAAAGACCCCUCAGAUAGAAAUGUAGUGCCCUCCUCAUUGUUCCCUGCUCGCAGUGUGGGAUCCGUGGUGCCACACACUCCAGGAGGGGAGAGCAGCUGCUGGUGCUGCUCUGGUGCUGCUCAGGGGCUGUGCCCCGUGCUGCCCAGGCCUGGGGUCACCCUGCCCAGGGUCCCCAUGCCCGUGGUGACCCUGCCAGGCACUGUCAGAGCCACACCAUGGCUGGGGAGCAGCCCUGGCUGGUGCCACGAGCUGGGCUCAGUCUGGCCCCAGGGCUGGGCUCAGUGUGACCCCAGAGCUGGGCUCAGUCUGGCCCCAGAGCUGGGCUCAG